CAAAUAAACACCAAAAGCAGAAACGCGUUUUUCCACACUCACAUUCACCGAGGUCCUCAUCUCUUCACUUUCCAGUUUCCUCCACCGCUUCCCCCUUCCAUCAGAGUGCAGCGUCGAUCUGAAGUCUUAUCCACCUGAAUUUCACAAUGCCGACCAGUUUCUAUCCAAACGUAUGGAGAUUUCUGGGAUUCGGGUCAAGUGUACUUGGAUUCAUCUGUUUCGCCCUGGGGACUCCGUUUCAGAAACUGUUUGGACAGUGGAACUUGUUGAAGAUCGUCGUGUACAGUAUCGCCAGCUUGAUGUUCUCCAUCUUGAUGCUCUUUGUAAGAGACAUCGAGCAGCGAUUCCCAAGGGUUUUUCGGAUGAAAACACUAGUGAGUUGUUCGGUUCUACUACUUACGUCUCUCUACUCGUAUUAUGAUGACCGAAGCAAACAGGGGGAAGGGGAGGGAAAUGGAUAUCAAAGCAUAGUGAGUUUGAUUUGCUUUGGGUCAUUUACAUUGACGUGCAAGAGCUUGUCAAGACAAGUACAGCAACCUAGAUUCGACUUUGCCAUGUCGAAUUUCUUUCUAGGAUUGCUGGUGUUAGCGAUCAUGAAAAUAAACUUGAAAGUGGCUGUCGUUGUGGUAGUUGUUUGCUAUGUGUUGAUGAGUUUUUGGCCCGGUUCAAAUCCCCGGCGUCGUGACCACAUGCUACCGGUUCAGAACAGGUUGAAUGGGUUCCCUCCUUUCCCUUUUCCUGUGAAAAUGAAGGAAGCCGUGGUUCAAAAAUGAUUUAUAUGAUAUUUGAUCGGAUCACACUUCACGAUUAAUAAAUUUGGAUAGUUUAAUUACAUGAAAAAAACCUUAUUUAGUGUUAUAACUACAGUUUUAAUUUGAAAAAAUAAGAAGGGUAUAAGAUUAGUUGAUCACUAUUUAUAUAAGUGUAUGAUGUGUCACACAUAUUGAAUUGUGACA